CGCGGGACGGGCCACGCGGGGGUGGGAGGGGCCCGGGCCACGCGCGCCGCCGCCGCCGCCCACGCGCGACCCUCGGGGGCCCGGCCGCGACGCCCCUUUGUCCGGGGGGGGGCCCGCUUCAUGCCACCGCCCCCCACGCGCCGCGUGCCCGGCCGCGCCCAGCAGGGUUUCCAGGCCUGAGGUGCCCGCCCUGGCCCCAGGAGAAUGAACCAGCCACAGAGGAUGGCACCUGUGGGCACAGACAAGGAGCUCAGUGACCUCCUGGACUUCAGCAUGAUGUUCCCGCUGCCUGUUACCAACGGGAAGGGCCGGCCCGCCUCCCUGGCCGGGGCGCAGUUCGGAGGUUCAGGUCUUGAGGACCGGCCCAGCUCAGGUUCCUGGGGCAGCGGCGACCAGAACAGCUCCUCCUUUGACCCCAGCCGGGUAGGAGCCCCCACCUUCAGCGAGGGCACCCACUUCACUGAGUCGCACAGCAGCCUCUCUUCAUCCACAUUCCUGGGACCGGGACUGGGAGGCAAGAGCGGCGAGCGUGGUGCCUAUGCCUCCUUUGGGAGAGACGCAGGCGUGGGCGGCCUGACUCAGGCUGGCUUCCUGUCGGGCGAGCUGGCGCUCAGCAGCCCCGGGCCCCUGUCCCCUUCGGGCAUGAAGGGGACCUCCCAGUACUACCCCUCCUACUCCGGCAGCUCGCGACGGAGAGCGGCGGACGGCAGCCUAGACACGCAGCCCAAGAAGGUCCGGAAGGUCCCGCCGGGUCUCCCAUCCUCGGUGUACCCGCCCAGCUCAGGUGAGGACUACGGCAGGGAUGCCGCUGCCUACCCGUCCGCCAAGACCCCCAGCAGCGCCUAUCCCGCCCCCUUCUACAUGGCAGAUAGCAGCCUGCACCCCUCAGCCGAGCUCUGGAGUCCCCCGGGCCAGGCGGGCUUCGGGCCCAUGCUGGGUGGGGGCUCAUCCCCCCUGCCCCUCCCGCCCGGCAGCGGCCCUGUGGGCAGCAGUGGAAGCAGCAGCACGUUUGCUGGACUGCACCAGCACGAGCGCAUGGGCUACCAGCUGCACGGAGCAGAGGUGAACGGUGGGCUCCCGGCUGCAUCCUCCUUCUCCUCGGCCCCCGGAGCCACGUACGGUGGCGUCUCCAGCCACACGCCGCCUGUCAGCGGGGCCGACAGCCUCCUGGGCUCCCGAGGGACCACAGCCGGCAGCUCCGGGGAUGCCCUUGGGAAAGCACUGGCCUCGAUCUACUCCCCGGAUCACUCAAGCAAUAACUUCUCAUCCAGCCCUUCCACCCCCGUGGGCUCCCCUCAGGGCCUGGCAGGGACGUCGCAGUGGCCUCGAGCAGGAGCCCCCGGUGCCUUAUCGCCCAGCUACGACGGGGGUCUCCACGGCCUGCAGAGCAAGAUAGAAGACCACCUGGACGAGGCCAUCCACGUGCUCCGCAGCCACGCCGUGGGCACAGCCGGCGACAUGCACACGCUGCUGCCUGGCCACGGGGCGCUGGCCUCGGGUUUCGCCGGCCCCAUGUCGCUGGGCGGGCGGCACGCAGGCCUGGUUGGAGGCGGACACCCCGAGGAUGGCCUUGCGGGCAGCACCAGCCUCAUGCACAACCACGCGGCCCUCCCCAGCCAGCCAGGCGCCCUCCCCGACCUCUCGCGGCCUCCUGACUCCUACAGCGGGCUAGGGCGAGCAGGUGCCACGGCGGCCGCCGGCGAGAUCAAGCGGGAGGAGAAGGAGGAUGAGGAGAACACGUCGGCGGCUGACCACUCGGAGGAGGAGAAGAAGGAGCUGAAGGCCCCCCGGGCCCGGACCAGCCCAGACGAGGACGAGGACGACCUUCUCCCCCCAGAGCAGAAGGCCGAGCGGGAGAAGGAGCGCCGGGUGGCCAAUAACGCCCGGGAGCGGCUGCGGGUCCGUGACAUCAACGAGGCCUUUAAGGAGCUGGGGCGCAUGUGCCAGCUGCACCUCAACAGCGAGAAGCCCCAGACCAAACUGCUCAUCCUGCACCAGGCCGUCUCGGUCAUCCUGAACUUGGAACAGCAAGUGCGAGAGCGGAACCUGAAUCCCAAAGCAGCCUGUUUGAAACGGCGAGAAGAGGAAAAGGUGUCGGGCGUGGUCGGAGAUCCCCAGAUGGUGCUUUCAGCUGCCCACCCAGGCCUGAGCGAAGCCCACAACCCCGCCGGGCACAUGUGAAAGGUAUGCCUCCGUGGGACGAGCCACCCACUCUCAGCCCUGUGCGCUGGGCCUAGAACAGCCACUCGAGACCCCAGGCUUCGUCCACGUCCACACCUCACACACCUGUUGUCAGCGUCGAGCCAACACCAACCUGACGAGGUUCGGAGUGAUGGGAGCGACCAAGGUGACGCUGGGUCCAGGAGCUCCCUGGGACCCUGGCCCACCCCUCCCUGGCCUUGCUCCCCCUGUCCUCGAAUCUUAGCCACCAUGUCACCCUGUGACUUGCCCCGUGGAUCCUGAAACUGUGUCUUGGCCCUGUUGCCUGGGCUGACAGGACCUUUUUUUUUUUUUUUUUUUUUUUUCCCAGUAAACAAAACCUGACAGCGAGCAACAAAACAUACACUUUGUCAGAAAAGAAAAAAAAUGCCUUAACUAUAAAAAGUGGAGAAAUGGAAACAUAUCACUCGAGGGGGAUGCUGUGGAGACCUGGCUUAUGCUUCAAAAGCCACCAGCAAAUUGUGCCUAAGCCUAAUAUUUUUUUUAAGGAAAAUAAAAAGAACAUUAGUUAUGAGAUUUUUUUUUUUCUUCUUAAUGUAGAUGAAAAUUAGCAAGGAUGCUGCCUUUGGUCUCUGGUUUUUUUUUUUUAAGCUUUUUUUUUGCAUAUGUUUUGUAAGCAACAAAUUUUUUUGUAUAAAAGUCCCGUGUCUCUCGCUAUUUCUGCUGCUGUUUCUAGACUGAGCAUUGCAUUUCCUGAUCAACCAGAUGAUUAAACGUUGUAUUAAAAAGACCCCGUGUAAACCUGAGCCCCCCGCCCCCCCCCGGAAGCCACUGCACACAGACAGAAUGGGGACAGGCGGCGGGUCUUUUGUGUUUUUGAUGAGCCCCCGCCCCCCCGGAAGCCACUGCACACAGACAGAACGGGGACAGGCGGCGGGUCUUUUGUGUUUUUCAUGUUGGGGGUUCUCCUCUUGGUUUUGUCACAUGGAAAGCGAUGCGUGGGCGUUCCCUGAUGAAGGCGCCUUGGGGCUUCCCUGCGGCAUCCUCUCCCCUCAGGAAGGGGGCUGACCUGGGCUUGGGGGAAGGGACGUCAGCAAGGUGGCUCUGACCCAGGUGACUCUGCCAAGCAGCUCUGGCCCCCAGGGCUACUCCACACGAUGUCCUCCCCAGGCCCCCAUAAGCUGCUCUCCCUUGGAACCUGCACACCUCUCCGAAACGGGGCAUGUUGGGACCAGUGACCCCUGGCAUGGGGACACACCCUGGAGCCGGGUGCUGGGGACCCUCCUGGAUACCCUGUCCUUCACUCCUUUGCCCCAGGGACCCAGGCUCGUACUCUGAACUCUGAGGGGAUGGCUCAGGAGCCAGCACAGGACCCCCCCACCCCACCCGAGCAUGUCCCCAUUACACCAGAGGGCCAUCGUGAUGUAGACAGGGUGCCAGGGCCCUGGUCGGUCUCCCGCAACGCUGGGGAGCAUCCCUGGACCUGGGGCCAUACCUGCUGCCCUCCCUCUGUGGGGCCCAAGGGCAAGAGUGGCUGGAGCCGGGAGACUCUGCUGGUCUGUGCCCCACGAAGGCCUUGGGCUGCGCAACCCGGCUGCAGAACCAGCAGGGUGGCCCCUCGGGCCCAUCUGUGUCCUGUGUCCCAGCACCCAGGCCUCUCUCCAGGUCCCCUUUUCUGGUCUCUUGCCAUGAGGGUAACCAGCUCUUGCCAGCGUCUGGGGACUGUCUUGGGUUUAAAACUGCAAGUCUCCUACCCUGAGAUUCCGUUCACUUCCACACAAACUAGGGUGAUGGUCACUGUGUCACCCAGGUGUGGGCCGGGCUAGCCGGGCACCUUCAUGUGUUCUUCAUGCCCCUCCCUGCAUUGAGUCCUUGCGGACCCCCGGGCUGGCUGUGCUCACCCCUGCAGCAGGUCAGGCGUCUGCCCAUGUGCUACCCCUGAGACUCCCACCAUUACCCCCAGGAGAGCCUGGACUGCCUGACUCCCCUCCCCAGACUUGCUGGGGAGCCUGGGCCCCAUGGCACAUUCAAGGGAAACCGCAAGGCCAGCUCAAGGCCUGGGAUCUGCCCCCAGUCCAGGCCAGGUGGAGGGGAGGGGCUGUCUGCCACUCUCCCUUCUCGGUGGUUCCCCCUGCGCCCUGGGGAUUUGGUCUCUUAGGGAACCUGCCUCUGUCUCCCUCUUGGUUUGAUCCUGGCCCUGCCCCUAGGUCUGGGUGGGCAGUGGCCCCGUAGCCUCUGGAACUGUGCGUUCUGCAUAGAAUUUAAACGAGAUUCACCCAGCGCCAGGAGGAAGAAACAGCAGUUCCGGGGAACCACAAUUAUGGGGGGUUGGGGGGUGUGCUCUGAGUGCCUCAAGAUGGUUUUCAAAAAAAUUUUUUUAAAGAAAAUAAUUUUAUACGUGUCAACACAGCUGGCUGGAUUAUUGGGACUUUUAAACGAUCCUCUUUAAAGUGGAUUCAGAGACCUGUCCUGUAUAUAACAGCACUGUAGCAAUAAAUGUGACAUUUUAUAACGAU